AUGGCGGAAAGUAUGACGAGCCUAUCUCCCGAAUUCGAUCCCAGAUCUCCCUACUAUGUCGAUCCAGAUUAUCAACCCGACGAAAAUCUCCCUAUGGUUAUACUCAGCCAAGCAGACGACAACUACUUCAUCUGGAAAAGACAUUUUCUCCAAUUCCUUCUAAGCAAGAGCAAAACCGACUUCGUCAACGGCACCUUCGUGAUACCAGAACCUUCCUCUCCGCUAUACGAACCAUGGAGAGUGUGCAACGCGAGGGUCAAGUGUUGGAUGAUGAAUUGCGUGAGCGAAAACUUGAAAGACUAUGUGCGUUAUGCGGAGACGGCGCAGAAAGCUUGGGAUGAUCUCCGUAUGAUAUUCGUCCCGAGCGUGGAUUUUAAGAUCUACCAGCUUCGUCAGAGGAUCCCGACGCUGAGGCAAGGUGGUGACUCGUUGCCGAGAUAUUUCGCGAACAUGAGGAUCGCUUGGAUGGAGCUUUGGGAGUAUGAUCCUUUGCCGGAGUGUGCGUGUGGUGGUUGUCGGUGCGAGAUCAAGAAACGUGCCAAGGAGGCGAGGGAGAAGGAGGAGCGUUACGCGUUUCUGAUGGGUUUGAAUGAAGAGCUUAGCUUAGUGAGAACUCAGAUCAUGAUCAUGGAUCCUCCUCCUUCGUUGAAGGAAGCCUACUCCUUGGUUAACAAAGCAUAA